CUUCCUGCGAUGCCCAACGCAGAGCCCAGUCAGGCGGAGAGAGGCAGCCCGCGAGCCUUGUCGACCAGCCCGGGCGGGAAGGAAACGUUGCCAAGCCUUUUGUCUGCGGGAGGCAGCAUCUCUGCUCGCUGGUGACAGCCCCAUUGCGGGCUGCUGCCAUCCGCGCUCCUUUUUGUCCAACGUCUUGGUAGUAGAACUGCAGGAUUUUUUGGGAGGUCUGUUUGCUGAAAUCCCAUGACACCCGCGGGCUGACUUUGCACGCAUCAUGCUCUCGUUCGGCGCCUGAGACUCCUUUGUGCGAGGAAAAGCGAUCACAUGAUCCCCGUUUGAAGGCGAAGACCGAAGGGAUCGCGUGGGUUUUUCGUGUCUGUGGGGCAGCCCUCUCGAUGGUGCCCGGGGGGCCGGUUUCUGCAGACGUCGCCGCCGAGCCCACCUUCUCCCGCGGGGGGCUGCCGUAGAAGGCGGGUUGGGUUGCAUUUCGGUUUUGCCACAUCCGGGGCGCAGAAAAAGCCUCACGUUUCUCCUCAGCGGCGGCUCGGCAUUGAACGUGCAGGAAUAUGCUCAUGAAGGAGUACCGGAUCUGUAUGCCUUUGACAGUUGAGGAGUACAGAAUUGGACAGCUGUACAUGAUCAGUAAACAUAGCCAUGAACAAAGCGAUCGUGGAGAAGGCGUAGAAGUGGUGCAAAAUGAACCUUAUGAAGAUCCAAAUCAUGGGAACGGUCAGCUGACAGAAAAACGGGUUUAUCUGAACAGCAAACUUCCAAGCUGGGCAAGAGCUGUUGUCCCAAAAAUAUUUUAUGUAACUGAGAAGGCCUGGAAUUACUAUCCCUACACAAUUACAGAAUACACGUGUUCGUUUUUACCCAAAUUCUCCAUUCACAUAGAGACAAAAUAUGAAGACAACAAAGGAAGCAAUGAUAAUAUAUUUGAUAACGAAGCCAAAGAUCUUGACAGAGAAGUCUGCUUUAUUGAUAUUGCCUGUGAUGAAAUUCCUGAGCGAUAUUAUAAAGAGUCUGAGGAUCCAAAAUAUUUCAAAUCAGAGAAGACUGGGAGAGGCUUAUUAAAAGAAGGCUGGAGAGAGACUCAGCAACCCAUCAUGUGUUCCUACAAGUUGGUGUCUGUAAAAUUUGAAGUAUGGGGACUUCAAACUCGAGUAGAACAGUUUGUUCACAAGGUAGUCAGGGAUAUAUUGCUGAUUGGGCACCGACAGGCUUUUGCAUGGGUUGAUGAGUGGUACGACAUGACCAUGAAUGAAGUCCGAGAGUUUGAACGAGCAACUCAGGAAGCCACCAACAAGAAAAUUGGGAUCUUCCCUCCUGCAAUAUCAAUCUCUAAUGUCUCCCUCCCUUCUUCGAUCCGCAGUGCUCCUUCUAGUGCACCAUCUACGCCUCUUUCCACAGAGGCACCUGAAUUCCUAGCACUUCCCAAAGACCGACAACGAAAAAAAUCUGCCCCAGAAACUCUCACGCUGCCAGAUCCAGAUAAAAAAGGUCUUUAAAUCCAGCAUGUUUUGUUAUGACACAUCAUGCCUGACAGAACAAUAUUUAUAAAGCUUAUAGCCAUUUUUUCAUUUAAACAAAUUUGAGUAAUCUAGAAGAAUGACUCCCCUCUCCUCAUCUUUUCCCUGCUAGGUAAAUGCAUGCAAGAACAUAGGUCUUAUGCUCUGAUUCCCAAACUAAAGCUCUAAGCCAUAUGACAGAUGUUGCUAUCAACACAAAAUUAAAUAGCUUUCAAAAGCAAAAUAAGCUCUUCAUACCAGCUGUAGUAAAUGCAGAUAAUUCUCAUAUGUAGAGAAACAGUAUUUGUGACUGGAGAUAUAAUAAAGCUGGCAAGGAUAUCUUGAAAGAAUGAGGGACUAUUUAGGGACAGGUUCAAAGGAUAUCAUUUCUCAUUUCAAGCCAUUAUAUAUCAAUUUAUAAAAUGGCUGUCCAAGGCUGAGUCUACCUUAAAUAAAAUAUUUAAACUUCUCUCUGAAAAA